AUGUAUUCUCUCGGUGUCGAAGGUGAUGAGACCCUGUUGGCGCAAAACCAGCUGAGCAUGAGCAGCCGACAGGGCUCCGCUUACAUGAUGGGCCAUCCUUCGAUGACUAGCACGAUGGGAGCCCCGGCCAUGUUCGUUGACGAAGAUGCUGAACCCAGCCCCCGCGGCGAAGAACAUACGCCGAUCAUCCACUUCCUCACCACGAAGCUGCUCCGAUUUUCGCUGUCUCUCAAGUCCGUUUCGAUGGCUCUGAUGUGCAUCUUUUUCCUCGCAUUCGGUGGGCGGUGGGUUUUCACCUUCCACGCGUACCCGGACAUGUCCAACGGCUUCCACUUGUCCAUGGUUGUCCUCAUGACCAUCUACCUCGUCGGCACGCUCUUCCUUGCGCUCUUCCAGGCCUUCGUUGCCGAUGAUUCGAAGUGGACCAAAGGAUUCCGAACAGGCUCGAAAAUCCUCUCUGCGGCUGUAACUUUGGACGGUUUGGCGGCCAUGCUCCGACUCGUCCAGUACCUCUACCUGUACAACUACCUCUCCGUUGUCUGGUGGACAAAGUUCAACGUGUCCAAGUCAGAGUGGAUCCUCUUCACGGUCAGCAACGUGUUGGACGGCCUCUCCCUCCUCUCCUACGGCUGGGCUUUCUUCUACAUGGAGGUGUACCACGAUGAGGGGACCUACGAGGAACUUGCCUGGGGCAUGUUCGGCCUCUUCUCUCUCUCUGGAAUCCUCAUGAUCCUCAUGGUCUUUGCCGGCUUUGGAGCGGUCUUCAUGCUCCUGACCGUUGCUGGUGCCUACGCCACCGCCUGUUACUGGGCGUACCUCUUCGAGCCCCUCCUGGAGAAAUGGUCUCCUGAGCUCCACUGCCGUGACAUCAACACCGACAUCAUGCCCACUGAAGGUGCACAACAAACUGGCGCCGGCGCUUCGUCGACUGGAUACUACGGCACCAACCAGACUCUGGGUAGCUCACCGGGCCCCGUCUACCAGCCCCUGCAGGCCGGAGUGUCUUCUGACCAUGUCGGCCGCAUGGGAAGUGCCUCCCUCGGCAACGCCGUCAUGGGCAGCUACGUUCCCCAGGCGGAAGCCGCAGGCAUGGAAAUCCCGACUCAGUACGACUAUUCCCAGCUGCAACAGCAGGUUUCUCGUGAGGUCGAAAUGGGUGUUGUGAACCCAAACUACCAGUAA